AUGGGCAUCGAAAAAUGGCCUGGAGAACAGAUUCAUAGCCACAACUAUCGAGUUCCUGAAACAUUUCAAGAUCAAGUUGUGGUUGUGAUUGGAGACAGUGCUAGUGCACAUGAUAUCUCAGGAGAAAUUGUAAAGUUUGCUAAAGAGGUUCAUCUUUCAUCAAGAUCCCCUGGAGUUAAAGUUUCAAAUUAUGACAGUAUUUGGCAGCAUUCGAAGAUUGAAUGUGUUUACAAAAAUGGAGAUGUUUCUUUUGAGGAUGGUGCUUCCGUCCAUGCUGAUAUUAUUCUAUACUGUACAGGGUGGGUGGCACGUGUUUUAUCCGGUAAGGUGCUUUUGCCAUCAGAAAAAGAGAUGCUCGCCGAUAUCGAGAAGCAUUACCAACGUAUGGAGGAAGUCGGCAAACCCAAACACCACACUCAUAGCUUGCAUUCCGAUGAGUUUGAGUACCUUGACUGGCUAGCUGCAGAAACGGGAGAGGCAAAAGUGGAUGAGAGGCUCAAAGAAAUGUACAGGACCAUUUACAAACUACUUGCCAAAUUUCUUGCUGAUAGAGGGCGGAUUAAUUUUAAAGAAAUGGUGGUGGAAACUGGUGUCUUUGAAAA